UAUAUAUUGACCUGUGGCAAAAACAAAACUUUGACCUGUAUAACCCAUGGAGAGGCCUGUUGUUGUGUUAGUCUUUUCUGUUAAUGUUAUUGUGUUAGUCUUUUAUUCUGGAGUUUUAAGGUAGUAGUUUUAAACAAAUUCUAGUUCAGUCUUGUUCCAUGCAGGGACCAAGUAUUACAGUAAUUUAUUAACCUGAAUGAUUGAAUGAAUUUUUCAUGUAGGUCACAGUGUGAUUGCAUAGGCCUUGUAGACAAUCGAGGAAUUCAAGUGUAGAGUGCGGUAGAGGGUUUAGUUUUGACAUGGCACCGGUAGUAUUGUCCUGACCCCACAGGUCUAACCCUUGCUGUGUUUCUGGGAUCACUGAGGACCCAAGUAGUGUUCCUGAGCUGUGCUUGUUUUCUUAUUUAUCAGAGUGUAAAUUGUUGGAUAAAACAAAGACUAAACGUCCAUCAUGUUGCUGUGGAAACCACUGACCUUUGAGUGUGUAAAACCUCAAUCCAGUUGUAACCAUGGAUACAGAGGCCCCACAGUCCGUGUUAGAUCACAGAUCUAACAAGAAGGAAUCUCUGGUGGUGUCUGACCACAUCACACGACAAAAGUCUGCCAGUCAUCGGCAGAACCAAGAAACUGAAGAAGAGGUGGACAUUCGAAUUCCACAGCCGUACAGAACGAGCUUCAGUGCUGUACUUACCCCAGUCAGAGUGAAGAAGGAGCGAAGUCGAUCAACAAGUCCGGCUCGCGUGUUAACUUCAAGUAUGAAAUCCGAACAUAGUGCACCAGGGCGCAAAGUGAGCCCCAAACAUGUGACAUAUGAUGCCAAGGUUACUGUGAGACAUUCAGACUCCUACGAACAUGAUACUGAGGAACUCCAAGGGAACGAGUUCAACUCGAGUAUCGAUCCUGCUUUUGACCCUUCCUUUACUGAAUAUGAAACCCCCAGGAAGAGUGAAUAUUCGUCCAAGAUACGGGAGAUGACAGAGCUAAUAGUGAAGGAGUACUCGGACAGUAACGGUGUCGAUGUGAGUGAUUCUAGUCAAAGUGGUGGGAAAAGAGUGAUGGGGAGACAGAAUGCAAAAAAUGGGUUGUCAAAUGGUGGAACCCCCUCUCCACAGAAACCCAUACCCCCUGUGCAUCAGUUAUCAAAAGAGUAUGACCAUGACCGAACCGUGAGUUACAGACAGGCCAUCACGAACCAGUACUCUGAUGAAGUGAAGAAGCUGGCUGAGGCCAAGAUAGAGGAGCGGUAUCCACCUGGGCCCAGAAUCACCCACAAUAGCCUGGUCAAGGACGUCAAGGCCGAGCGGUCCAACUCAGUGCCCUCACAGCCCGGGAGAGACGGGGGUGGGAGACUUACCCCGACUAAAAGGUCUGUUGGAGGCAGCAUCGGAAACUUCUUCCGGAAACUGUCCCCCAGACUUGGCAGGAAAUCUCACAAAGACAAAGGCUCUACCUCAAGUAUGGACACAGCUGGCUCACAGCAAAGUGAAAGCUUUUCCAGGAGUAAAGUCCGAAGCUCCUUCCUGAAACUGAUGGGUCGCUCCAAACGGAGAUCCAGCUCCGGAUCCAGAAGCCAGGACAGUCUUGAUAACCUCUCCGUGGAUAGAGAGGCGGGCUUUGUUCAGGAAAACAAACCAAGCCAAAUGUCAACCGCUUCCAACAGAAUUCUCAAAUCCAUCGAACAAAACACCAUAGCAGAGAGGGAUGUCUACCAAAGAUUUAAAGAAAAGCAGUCACCAAAGAGUCCUUCAGAGGAUGGUUCACCUAAUCAUGGCGAGGCCAAUCGACAAUCUCGACCCCAGGCCAUGAAGGCCAUGUCACCCCCGGGGGGAGACAAGGAGAACCUCUCACAGGCGGACCGGCCCAGUCUCUCCGGGGAACACUCUAUCACCAAGCCGUAUAUCCGUGUGGAACCACCUAGCUCCCUAGACAUGCCCCAGUCUCCAAGAGUCCCCCCAACAUCAACACAAAGUACCAACUCACACCAGGGUUUGGUUGGUGACUUUCCCCCCAACAACAUGGUGACUGACAGUGAAGCUUCUAGUCACAGUGGAUCAAGCACCACACCCAAGCAGCUAGUGUCAACACGGCGCGAGAUUCCAAUCAGCUCAGAGAGCGCGCUCAGCCCCGUCUCCCUACCGGGCGACCACUCCACCGGCAAAGUCCGCGCAACCUCGGAAAAUGGAGUCUUAUUCUCAAGUAUGCCAAAACUCGGCUCCACGGCCAGCACUGACUUUAAAGACUGCAGUAAAACCCCGUCGUAUCUGAAACUGAGUUGUGCAGUGAGUGGUUAUGGGAGAUACAGUCAGUACAGUUCCUACAAAUCUAUAGAGAGACGCUCACCCUACUCUAGUUGUUCUUCUUUACAAUCUGACCACAAGCCGGUCACUGACAUGCCUGUUUCCAGAGUGAUCUCCCCUAUGAGGCGGACUUCUGCCUCAAACAGUAAUCUGGAGCUUGGAUUAAUAUGCCCCCAGCCCCUAGUGUAUGACAAUGGUCUUGAUUCUAACGGAGAGUCUGCAGCCGGACCGAGUGUGUUAGCUGAUGACCGCUACCCCACGGGGGACAGACAGCAGGAUGGGGAGUACUUUUUAAGGAUCACCCAGCAGUGGGAGGAUCGACUGUUGUCUCACUGUCAGCAGAUUGAGGCGGAGGUCCACAACCCCAGCAUCCCAGAGGACGUACGAGGUAAAAUUCGUGCAGCUGUAGGGAAGGCUCAUUUGUUAAUCUCCCAGAAAUUCAAGCAGUUCCGGGAACUCUGUGCUGAGCACAUGAACCCGACGGAAGAUGGUAAAGUGUUGAAGUGGGCCGACCUGCAGGGAUUCUGGGAUAUGAUCAAGAUCCAGGCAGACAAUAUCGACGAUCACUUCGCUGAACUCGACCUGAUGAGGCAGAAUGGGUGGAAGGAGUUAGCAGCUCAUUCACGAGGCAGUUCUAUCAACUCCAGCCCAAAGUCUGGAAGCAUAUCCCUAAGCAAUGGAAGCACCCCCAGUGGAACACCAGGGUCACGCAGGAAAGCUCCCAAAGCCAAGGACACUCCAGAGUCUUCCCCCGAGCGAACCGAAAAAAUGAGGGCAGCAGCAAAGGCACGUGAGGAUGCACGCAAAAAAAUGUUGGCAGACAGGCGUGCUGCCAUGAAACAAAAACCAAAACAGGAGGACGUGGAAAUCUUUGUUUCCUGAAACAAAAACAAAACAUACGACAGACAGAAAACUGCCAAACUGUUAAACAUUCUGAAGCAAGUGUUGGUGCCAUAAUAUGACAAAGUUUUCAUUUGGAAGUGAACCGAGUAAGACCAAAGGGACUAUGUGAUGUUUGGAGAAAAAUGAGUAUCCCAUAAUGCACCACCCUGUUCACUUCUACCUCCCUGACAGAAGAGCUGAUGUAAUUACUUGUACAUGAAUAAUGAUGUUUACAAUGUGCAAUAUUAGUGAAUUCCAUGAUAUCAUUCACUGCAUGUGUGGAGCAGUGAGUACCUUUAAGGGGUAAUUUGAUCACCAGAUUGUGGUGUGGUGGUCAGUUUUUAUAGCGCGGAUGUACACGGCAGCAGUCUAUGGGCUGUUUAAACAUAAUACAGGUAUUUAUUAUGCCGUAUGUGCCAAGAAAUCUUCGGGUUGAAUUUUAUUGCAAGGUCUGUAAGUCUCUCUCCCAGGGGAGCUUUUCUGUUUGUUCCUUUAUGAACCAUACCCUUUAUGUCAAAAAUAAAGGAAUGUAUGCAAUUCUAGUCAUCAGAUUGAAACAAUCAAAGAGCCUUCAUCUGAUACAACAAGAUGGUGGGUGUGUAAACACGCUACCAAUCUUAGAAUAUAUCUAUGCCUUGCUCUUGGAAACAUGAAAAAUCCCUUUGAAAGCUUCAUGAUGCUUUCAGACUCUAAACUUUCAAAAAACUUUCGCACUUCGAAUUUGCCUUUGAAAGAUUAAAGUCUGAGACACAUUAAGCUCACAAAUUUUUUUUCCAAGAGGAAGGCUGAUUCCUUGCAGUCAGUCAAAGGGGGGUAACUCUGGCAUAAGAAAACUAAUUGCUUCCUUCGCAUUAUAGUGACACAUGUAAUCUUGAUGUAUAUUUAUAAUUUAUGUGUCUUGCUUACGGUGUACAUGUUUUACUUUUUAAUGUAUAUACAUUUAAUGUUCUUCAUAAACACACUUUUGCGAAGCGAGUUCAAUUCAGUGACGUAUCCAUUUUAUGUUGUUUUAUUUAAGCUUACUUCUCGUACAGAAACUUUUAACACUUUGUACAUGUACUUUGUAUGUAUUUGGUAAUGUAGAUGUCAAACUUUUUAUGUUGCUUUUUUGCAUGCUUUUAGAAGACGAUAUUUGAAUUGACUUGUUACUUUGACAUUUUUGAUAACAGAUUUUAUUAUAAUUAAGCAAUUACUGUUUUAAACCUCUGACAGCUAGUGUAAUGGAAUUAUUACAAUUGUAAUGUAAUUAAUCUUCUCGACAUCAGAAAUGAAUCUCAUUGUUAUCUCACGGUCAUCUGUUAUUUAUUUGUUAUUUGUUUAGGAGUUAACUUUGUUUGUUUUGUAUUGAAUUCAAGCUGAAGAUUGUGUUGUGAAUUUUCAUCAGUUAAGAGUCAAGUAAAUAAAUUUAAUCAUCUCACAAGUUCUGAUUGGUUGAAACAUGUAGCCUCAUUUGCAACUCUUUCAUGUUGACCACAGAAUUAAUGAAUGUUGAACAAAGAUAUUACAGUCAAAACAUUUUUCUAAGAAUAUUAAAUGUUGUGAAUUUGGAAAGUAUUUGUUAUUUUAAUGUUAUGAUAAUCGCAGUGCCUAUUAUUUCAUUCAAUAAAAUGUUACUUAAAAUGACAA